GGAGUGAGAGAGGGAGAGGAGAGCAGAGCGGGAGAUAGAGAGAUACCCGGAGUGUGAUGGUUUGCACUCUUAUCCAGACAGGAAGGCAGGGAGGGAGUGCAAAAUAGAGUUCGUGAGAUGAGGAGUAAUCAUACAGCAGUCCAUACGGAUGCAUAAAAGAGAAAAAACAAAGGGGACAAAAGCAAGAAAAAGACUCCCUUAACAACCAUGUCAGGAUUAAUCUCUAUGGACUUGAACAUCUGGAGCAGCUGUCAAUUAUAUGACCUUUGUAUGUUCAUCAACAUUCAGUCUUAAGCUUUGGAUUACCACUGGAAGGAGACUGAUACCGCCGGCAGUUUGUAUUCACCGACCCAGAUUGUUGCAGAGCUGGAAGGAGAGGGGACAGCGUGGUGUAUGGACCAGCUCCGGAGCAUCUGUGUUUACCCUGCAUGGUCACUGUGUAAAAAACAUGGACAAAUGAAGGACAGGUGAUGGUGUUACCAGCUCCUGCAUUCUGAAGCUCUAUUCUUGUCCUGCAUUUACAACCCAGUUCAUCCAUCUGACAGAGUCACAUCCACUUUUCCGUGUGGAUAACGUUUUCCUGAAACACUGAAAAAACCCCUUCCCUUUACGCAUACAACCCUGUUGAUCGCAGAUGUCAUGGUGAUCACAAAUGUCGUGGUGAUUUGACACACAUGCGCUCUAAUAAUCUGCUCUGCUCACGUAAUCUUCAGACACAAAAAAAAAAUCAGCAUGUGGAGAAACAAACUGGAGACUUGUGCUCAAUUUACAAGUCAAUGGCGACUGGAGCCAAAAGUACAGAGACUGAUGAGAAAGGUGGAGAGUGAAGGCCUGUUCCAUUAGUGUUCCCAAGGGAGGCAUGCGCCUGGAUGCUGCCCGGACGCACUGACCUCUCCUGGACAGAUUCUGUACAUUACUAUGGUGCAAAGUGGUGAAUCUUCAUGGCUGCCUGAUCAACUUUCCCUUUUGGAAUACAACAAAUGGAUAUAAGUAUUUGGGUGCAGGAACAGAUCUGACUCCAGUCUCCUCAUGGGUGACAAAAAAGCAAAAAACAAGCAUUUGGAUUGUACUACGUUCCAGCACAUUGCAGAGGAAAGAGUCUGUGUUUCUUUGUUUUCUUGGUUGGCUCUGUCCCUUCUGUCAGGGAAUAUCAAGAGAUUAUAAACAGGAGGUGGCUCUGACACUUUAUCCCCGUUCUACUCAUUUGUCAGUGUUCCCACCAUCAUCAAAGCAAACACACCAGUCCAAACGAAACGUCUGAAAAGGACAUUAGCCCACAUUCUCUCACCUCCUCUGGGUGCAGGUGGCUGAUUCGCCAGCUUACUUGCCUUUGAGGUUGGAAAGGAAAAGCUGGCAGCGCACGGACAGACAGGUGCUUUUUUGGCUGUCAGCCUCUCAAGGAGGGACUAGCAGUGAAAGGAAAAGCCCUACUGGGGCCCUGCUGGAGCAAAAACCCUUUCUACCGACUCUCUUUGGACGUGAUGCUGGUCUCUGAGGAUGCAACAUGGAAUCUAUGGCCUGAUUACACAGCCCCGGUAUUCAGAUAGAGCUGGAGGGAAGGGAUAAUGCAUAUCCUUCCCCCCCCGGAACAAGAAGCCACCAUGAGCAACGUCACAGUCACCGACAACACUGAACCCAUCAGCCGCACUAUGAGUCCGGCAACUCCCAGCCCAUAUGCCUACCCUGUUAGUUUCCAGAUCUCUCUGACUGGCUUCCUCAUGUUGGAAAUCAUCCUGGGCCUGAGCUCUAACCUCACUGUGCUUGCCCUCUACUGUAUGAAGUCAAACCUCAUUAGUUCUGUUAGUAACAUUGUCACCAUGAAUCUCCACGUGUUGGACGUGCUUGUUUGUGUGUGCUGCAUCCCCCUCACCAUUGUGGUGGUGCUGCUCUCCCUGGAAGGAGACACUGCCCUCGUCUGCUGCUUCCACGAGGCCUGUGUCUCCUUCGCUAGCGUUGCAACUGCUGCUAAUGUUCUCGCCAUCACCCUCGAUCGCUAUGACAUCUCUGUAAAACCAGCCAACCGGGUGCUGACCAUGGGCCGUGCCCUGGCCCUGCUGGCUGCCAUUUGGGUGCUAUCCUUUGUUAGUUUCCUGGUACCCUUUAUUGAGGUGGGCUUUUUUGCUAAGGGUCAUCCUGACCUGAACCAGACUGUGGUGGAGAAUGUGGUACACACUAACCAGUACUACACAGAACUUGGUCUGUACUACCACUUGCUAGCCCAGAUUCCCAUUUUCUUCUUUACUGCUGUCGUGAUGCUGAUCACCUACUCAAAGAUCCUGCAGGCGCUCAAUAUUCGCAUUGGCACACGUUUUCAUGCUUCUCAGAAGAAGAAGGCUCGCAGGAAAAAGCGUCCUUCUAUGACCGCCAUGACAACACAGCAAGAGGCCACAGAUGGAUCCCAGAGUAGUGGCAGUCGCAACCCCACGCUGGGCAUGCGAACCUCUGUGUCUGUCAUCAUUGCCUUGCGAAGGGCUGUAAAGCGCCACAGAGAAAGGCGAGAGCGUCAAAAGAGGGUUUUCAGGAUGUCCCUCCUGAUUGUGUCCACAUUCCUGCUGUGCUGGACACCCAUCACGGUACUUAACACAGUUAUCCUGAGUGUGGGUCCCAGUGACCUGAUGGUUAAACUGAGACUGGGCUUUCUGGUCAUGGCGUAUGGGACAACUAUCUUUCACCCUCUACUCUAUGCCUUCACUAGGCAGAAGUUCCAGAAAGUCCUAAAAAGCAAGAUGAAGAAGAGAGUGGUGUCGAUCAUAGAAGCAGAUCCUACUCCUAACAACGCCAUUAUCCACAACUCCUGGAUCGACCCAAAGAGAAACAAAAAGGUGACUUUUGAGGACAAAGAUGCUAGACAGAAGUGUCUUUCUUCAGAGGAUGUCGAGUGAAGGAACUCAUUAUCUUAAUGCAGUAUGCAGUCAAUAAAAGCAGCUAAACUGACAUCAUGUCAUGACUAAAAAGGGAACAUGUUCAUCCAAAGCAGUAAUGUAAAUAAUAUGUGCAAUAGGAUGUAUAAAAAACAGGUGGAGGUGGAUAAUUUAUUACUAUUUAUUGAGAACAAAAGUAGAUUUCAUAGAUAUACUAUAUACUGUACUGUAGAUAUUGCAUGGCUUUUGUAACAGUAGCAACAUCUAGUACAUUGCGUACAAAAUAUAUAUAUAGAGAAACAGGGAAAGAGAAUUAGAAAUUGUUAUGUAUAUGUAUAUAUGUAUAUUUAUAAUAAAUUUUGUGUUCUCUCAAAUAACGCAGCAAAAGGCUUCCUAUUCUCCCCUCCCCCAAGUAAACUGUUGUGAUUUUGUAACAGCUGUGAGAUUACACUCGUUCAUCAACAUGUCACAUAGUUUGACACCAAUCCCUAGUGACCGCUGACCUUAUUGUCUCAGAGUCCUCGAAGGGAAGGCCAUUGGACUAAAAUUAAACUGCAGGUAUAAGAAUGCAAUGACAGGUCAAACAUAAAAGGUUAGCAAAAAAAAAAAUCAAAGAGGAAGUGGUAUUGUAUGUUGUGUUGCUGUAUUUCAGAAGUUAUUGGGUGCUGUUAACUGUCAAUGCAUUUAGGGUUAAAGAAGAACACUUGAAUUCCUCAGACACAACAGCACACCACAGCUCUCAUCACUUUGUUUGACAUGAACCAGAUGUAAUCAAAACCUUGUCUGUUUUACUUUAGCAGUCACUUCUUUGAGCCAAGUGGAAAAUCUAUAGUUGCCUUAUUUUUGGUAUGAUGAAUUGAGGAUGACUUCAUGGUGGGACAGGAAGAGCACAUA